CCGCUCUCUCGCUCGCUCGCGCCUGACGGAAGGAGCGAAAGUUUACUCCGGAUUACUCCACACGAACGCUUUGCGGCGCCGUUUCCGAGCUUUCCGACAUGUUUUCCGUUUCGUGCGAGCUCCGGGGCGACGUGCACGACCGAGACGAGGCCGGAAUGUGAUCUCAGAAGGCUCGUGUUGUUGUUUUGUUUUGCUUUGGUUUGUUUGUUUGUCCGCGGGGACGCUGGAGCGGUUACACGGCGGAUUUAUCGACGCUAACGCGGAGACUUGCCUCCGCUCGAGCCCUUAACUUCUCCGGACGUCAGGAGGGGAUUUACACGGCACGACGACACUUUAUAAACAUACACAAAAACAAAUUUAAAUAUUUACAUUUAUAUACCGAAACGUUUUUUAGUUGUUGUUGUUGCAUUUUUUCCACAACCCCCCAAUGAACAUGAGCGGCAGAAGGGCGCUCGGUUUGCGAUAUGAGAUCGAUAUUGUCGGUAAUACCGGAGCUGUGAGCCGAGCCCGGGCUCCAGGCGCCCUGCGCCGCAGUGUGAGGGAUUAAAACCCCGGCGCUCAGUGUACUGCUGCGGCCCGGUGAUCCAGCAGGCCUGGCACAACAUCGCCUCAUAUCGGGCUUCGUAUAAUUUGAUAUAUUUUUUAGAUUUUCUUUUGCGCCUUUUUCGGUUAAAUUCCGCGACAAAUCGACGGUCCUUUUCCUCAUUGCGCAGUCCAGCUGGUCACUGACUCUCAUGGGACCUGAGAAGUUUUUUUGAGCCGCAUUUGUUAUUGUUAUUAUUAUUAUUAUUAUUUUUAUUGUUUCUCCUCACGGGUUUGGACACAAAUCGCUUCUGUGACUGACACCAAGCCGAGCGAACAUGUCGGAGAACGCACCUACACGGAGUCUGGAUGAGAUCGACCUGGCAGCCCUGAGGGAUCCAGCAGGAAUCUUUGAGCUGGUGGAGGUCGUGGGCAAUGGAACCUACGGGCAGGUGUACAAGGGUCGCCAUGUAAAGACGGGCCAGCUGGCUGCUAUCAAGGUGAUGGACGUCACCGAGGAGGAAGAGGAGGAGAUCAAGGCCGAGAUCAACAUGCUGAAGAAGUACAGCCACCACCGCAACAUCGCCACCUACUACGGCGCCUUCGUCAAGAAGAGUCCGCCCGGCCACGACGACCAGCUCUGGCUGGUGAUGGAGUUCUGCGGUGCUGGUUCGGUGACAGACCUGGUCAAGAACACUAAAGGAAACUCCCUAAAGGAGGACUGGAUUGCUUACAUCUGCCGAGAGAUUCUAAGGGGCUUGUCACACCUGCAUGCACAUAAGGUCAUCCACAGAGACAUCAAAGGCCAGAAUGUUCUUCUGACCGAGAACGCAGAGGUCAAGCUCGUGGAUUUUGGUGUGAGUGCUCAGUUGGACCGGACCGUAGGCAGGAGGAACACCUUCAUCGGCACUCCCUACUGGAUGGCACCUGAGGUCAUCGCCUGUGACGAGAACCCCGACUCCACUUACGACUACAGGAGCGACAUCUGGUCUCUGGGAAUCACAGCGAUCGAGAUGGCAGAAGGAGCACCUCCGCUGUGCGACAUGCAUCCCAUGAGAGCGCUGUUCCUCAUCCCGCGGAAUCCUCCUCCCAAACUCAAGUCCAAGAAAUGGUCCAAAAAGUUCAUCGACUUCAUCGAGGGCUGCCUGGUGAAGACGUACCCGAGCCGCCCGUCCACCGAGCAGCUGCUAAAACACUCGUUCAUCCGAGACCAGCCGACCGAGCGCCAGGUCCGCAUCCAGCUCAAAGACCACAUCGACCGCACGCGCAAGAAACGCGGCGAGAAAGAGGAGACUGAGUACGAGUAUAGCGGCAGUGAUGAAGAGGAUGAGAACAGAGGUGAUGAGAGAGAGUCCAGCUCCAUCCUGAACGUUCCAGGUGAGUCGACUCUGAGGCGGGACUUCCUGCGUCUGCAGCAGGAGAACAAGGAGCGCUCCGAGGCGCUGAAGCGGCAGCAGGCCCAGCUGGCAGCACAGCGCCGCGACCCCGAGGAGCACAAGCGCCAGCUCCUUCACGACCGCCAGAAACGCAUCGAGGAGCAGAAGGAGCAGCGGCGAAGACUCGAGGAGCAACAGAGGAAGGAGCGUGAGAUGGUGAGGCAGCAGGAGAAGGCUCCUCAUCGGAGACUCGACGAUAUGAGACGGGAGGAGGACCGCAGGAUGGCCGAGAGAGAGCAGGAAUUUAUAAGGCAUAAGCUGGAGGAAGAGCAGAGGCAGUUAGAAAUCCUCCAGCAGCAGCUUCUGCAGGAGCAGGCCUUGCUGAUGGAGUAUAAGAGGAAGCAGCUGGAGGAGCAGAGGCAGUCGGAGAGGCUACAGAGGCAACUGCAGCAGGAGCACGCUUACCUCGUCUCCCUGCAACAGCAGCAGCAGCAGCAGCAGCAACAACAACAACAGCAGGAGAAGAAACCGCUUUAUCAUUACAGCAAGAACCUGGAUAACAACAAGCCUGCCUGGGCCAGAGAGGUGGAGGAGCGGAGUAAACUGAACAGACAGGGUUCACCCAAAAUCUGCACCACCGUUUCCGACACGAACAUCCAGUCACGAUCUGACUCGAUCAGCCAAUCAGGAGGCGUGCAGGCUGCGCAGACUCCGCCCAUGCAGAGACCCGUCGAACCCCAAGGUGGCCAGGGCAAGUUCCAGAUGGCACACCUGGUGCCCCUGAAGCCGUACGCCGCGCCCGUGCCGCGCUCCCAGUCCCUCUGCGAUCAACCCACUAAGACCAUGUCCGCCUUCCCCACCCAGGACACCUCCCCCACCCCAACACCCCGGCCACUGCACUCGCGCGAGCUCGUCCGCCAGAACUCGGACCCCACGUCUGAAAGCCCCGCCCCUCAGCAGCGCCCAAUAAGAGACGACCACGGCCCUUGGAUCCGCCUCCCUGAGAUCGAACAGCCUCCAAAGAUUCCUCAGAGAACCGCGUCUAUCGCUACGGCUCUUAACACUAACCUGUCGUCUGGGAUCAGGCACCCAGUACGGGCCAGCAAUCCAGAUUUGAGCCGCAAUGACCGCUGGGAAAGAGGAGACAGCAUGAGCCUCAUGUCCAACCUGCCUCAGACCGGCUCCCUGGAGAGACACCGCAUCCUCAGUUCGUCCAAAAUGGACUCGUCUCCCAUCCUUUCCCACGACGGCCGACACAAACCUGGAGAAUCCCGCACCUCAUCCAGACCUAGCAGACCAGCGAGCUAUAAGAGAGCAAUAGGAGAGGAUCACGGGCUGUACUCGAAGGAGCGCGCUGAGGAACAGCCACGUCCUCCGGUGAAGGCCAACGACUACUCGUCUUCCUCAGAGAGCAGCGAGAGCAGCGAGGAGAGCGAGAGUGGAGAAGGGCAGGAGGAGGAGAGUCCCACUGACCGGCCACGAGACCCAGACUCGGACUCAGUGAACACCAUGGUGGUCCACGAGGAGGAGGAGGGGGAAGGAGGAGAGGAAGAGCGAGCCGGGGGUUACGGCGAUCAAACCAUGCUUGUUCAGAGGACUCCUGAGAAGCGCAAUCAUAACGGAUACACCAACCUACCUGACGUGGUUCAGCCGUCCCACUCCCCCACCGACUCCGCCUCCCACUCCUCUCCUGGCAAAGACUCCACUUUUGACUAUCAGUCCAGAGGUUUGGUCAAGGCUUCUGGGAAAUCUUCUUUCACCACUUUUGUGGAUCUCGGAAUGUACCAGCCGUCAGGAGGGACGGGGGAGCCCAUCACAGUGGGAGGUCUGGGUUCUCGGUUUGACCAACUGAAGUUGGAGGUGAGAAAAGGCUCCAUGGUGAACGUGAACCCCACAAACACUCGGCCUGUCAGCGACACCCCCGAAAUUCGCAAAUACAAGAAGAGGUUUAACUCCGAGAUCCUCUGCGCUGCACUUUGGGGUGUAAACUUGCUGGUUGGAACAGAGAACGGGUUAAAGCUGCUGGACCGCAGUGGGCAGGGCAAAGUGUAUCCACUUAUCAACUCCCGCAGGUUCCAGCAGAUGGAUGUGCUUGAAGGACUCAACCUGCUAAUCACCAUAUCAGGAAAAAAGAACAAGGUGCGAGUGUAUUACUUGGCCUGGUUGAGGAACAAGAUCCUCCAUAACGACCCCGAGGUGGAGAAGAAGCAGGGCUGGACCACUGUAGGGGAAAUGGAGGGUUGUGUGCACUACAAAGUGGUGAAAUACGAGCGGAUCAAAUUCUUGGUCAUCGCCCUGAAGAAUGCAGUGGAGGUAUAUGCCUGGGCUCCCAAACCCUAUCACAAAUUUAUGGCCUUCAAGUCGUUCACUGACCUGCCCCACCGACCCCAGCUGGUCGACCUGACCGUAGAAGAAGGACAGAGGCUGAAGGUCAUCUACGGUUCGAGCGCCGGCUUCCAUGCCAUCGACGUAGAUUCCGGAAACAACUACGACAUCUACAUUCCUGUCCACAUCCAGUCUCAGGUGACUCCGCAUGCGAUCGUCUUCCUUCCCAGCUCCGACGGAAUGGAGAUGCUGCUGUGUUACGAGGAUGAGGGAGUGUACGUCAACACCUACGGCCGCAUCAUCAAAGACGUGGUGCUGCAGUGGGGAGAGAUGCCCACCUCUGUCGCUCAUAUCUGUUCUAAUCAGAUCAUGGGCUGGGGUGAGAAGGCUAUAGAGAUCCGCUCGGUAGAGACCGGUCACCUGGACGGAGUGUUCAUGCACAAGAGAGCUCAGAGACUCAAGUUCCUGUGUGAGAGAAACGACAAGGUAUUCUUUGCGUCGGUGAGGUCCGGAGGAAGCAGUCAGGUCUACUUCAUGACCCUGAACAGAAACUGCAUUAUGAACUGGUGAUAGAGCAGUCAUGUGACCACCGUUCCCUCCACUCUUUCUCUCCUUAUCCAGUUCCCUGUAUAUCUCUGUUUCGCUUUCUCUCACACACACAUUCUAACACACACUGUAAAUAGAUACAGUGCCCACACGCUUUGGCUCACACACAGCAAGGCCUCACAUACACACAACUCCCAGAAAUGCGCGCACACACACACACACACACAUGCGCACACGCUCAAACACAUACACACACACACACACACACACACACACACUCCAUACUGUCAUUAGGAGAAAUGGAUGUUCGCUUAACAAUGAGCCUGUUGUACAAAUAUUUCUGGGGAUGAUCAGCGUGUGGGUGUGUACGCUUGUGCGCACCAGGCGCUUGUGUGUGUGUGUGUGUGUGUUGCGAGGCACGAUGACACUGAAUGGCUUCGCAUUUAGUUUUUCAGCACCAGAACAAAAUCAUUUUGCUUUUAUUAGAGAUUCCAGUGGAUUCGUGGUUUGUUUUUCUUUGCUACAAGAUUCUUUUCAUUUCAUUUCAUUGCGUUUUUUUUUACAUUCCAACUCGAACACCACCGAAGAGAAGAGACGAAGAAGCGGCAGCAUGCGACAGCUGACGGUUUUCCCGGCGCUCGUCGCCGCCCCCUGCCGCUUCCAGGCUGUACUGCAGCAUCUGUAAUUUUCCAUUUUCACACUGUAAUCCAGUAGCGUAGUCGUUCAAUCUUAAAACAGUUUAACAAAAUAUAUCGGUGACUUUACGUUUUCGGCCUAGCGGAACGUUUUAGACUAACGUUAGAGGAGCGGUCAUAUUUCCGGCUCGUCCGCUCUCGUUUAAGUUUUCCCUUCGUAUCGAUCGUAUAUAGUCGCCGCUUUUAAGAAUCUUGGGUUCGGCUUGUCGCUCGCACAGUACCGACGAGCGACCACUAUUACGAGCAGUCUCUCUGAUUUAGCCUUGAAGAAUGCUUCUUCUUUUUUUUUCUUCUUUUUCUUUCUCUAUAAUUUUUUUUUUUGUCUGAAGUUCCAGUAUAUCUCGGGCUGUUUGAUAUUCUCUGUAUGUAUAGGUAUUUGGUAUUUGAUUCCUACUUUAAUAAUCUUUUGCUGUUCUCUUGCAAUACCGUGCUGUAAUCGUGCUGUACUCGUUCAAAGUUUUCACGAGGUCGAGUUCCUCUAAAAAGAAAAAAAAAAAAAACACAGUCGGAUUACGAGGUCGGGGAGAAAUCGUAUUUUUGGUUUUUUUGGCAGCAGAGACGUGGACUUAUAUUGAGUUGAAAUCAAUAGAUGAAGCGAAUGGUGGAGAUUUGUAAUGUAAAAGAAAGUUUAGAACUGAAAAUCAGCCGAGGCAUUGGAGGGAGAACGGACGCGAGUCGAUAAAAUACAAGAAAGCAGUUCUGUGCCUAGUGAUGAUGAUAAAGCGAUUUUAUUGCUUUCUGCAUAUUAGAGAUCUCUGAUAUUGCUGAUUUUUUGCUUUUCUUCAGCUUGAACGGAUUAUUGUUUAAAACUUGGGGGUUUCUGCUGCCAGAAAAAAAAACAACUCCCUGGUGUAACAUAAAGCCUUAUUUGAAUGAAAAUCUAAAAAAAAAUAUAUAUAUAUAUAUAUAUAUAUAUAUAUAUAUAUAUAUAUAUAUAUAUAUAUAUAUAUAUAUAAAAAUAUGAAAAUCUUUGAUUUGGAGUGCAUGGGAUAAGCAGUGAGAAUCAUUUUGUUUGGUGAAAAUAAAAAUCGCUUUCAUUAGUUAGUAAGACACGUUUUUUUUUUUGUUUGUUUGUUUGUUUAUAUUUAAUUUCAUUUGAAACCGUGACUUAGGCUUGGAUUUUUUUUCCGUGCGUGUGUACGGGUGUGAGACUGUACUAUAGCGUACACAGCGUGGGUCCAAAGCAAUAGCAGUGUGACUGGCGAGCUGAUUGCAGCUCUGCAAUACUAGCAAAGCAUCACAACAUUUUCUUCUUCUUCUUUUUCUUCUUCUUCUUCUUGUUCUUCCCCCCGUUUUCACUAUUCCUUAUUAUUCCUUAAGGUCUUCUGUGGAUCCAAAAAAAAAAAAAAAUCUUUGGUUUACAAAUCGAGUUAUAUUAUAUAAAUAUUAUUUUGUUUGUAUAGCGAAUUUCCUUCCUACAUGCUCAUUAUGUAGUUUGUCAUUUUAAGAAAUCCGGACGUAGAUUUAGACCCCUGUGGAGGAGAGAAGUAAUAGCGCGAUGAGGAAAAAAAAAAUUGAUGGACAGAUCACUUUAUUCAUCCCAGAGCGAAAUUUAAAAGCAAAUCUACAGCAUCUGGGAGUUGUUUUUGUUUGGGUUUUUUUUAUUACAGAAAGCAUAUAAUGAAUCGUUACUACCAGAAAGAUUAUAUAUCUAUAUAUAAAUGAGUCGAAUGAAAGAUUCACGAUUGUAUAAAACAUAUAAAAGCACUUUGAUCUCGCUGUUUUCUACCAGCCGAGAGACAGACUUAGUUUAAUUACGAGGUGGUAUCAAAAAGUUUCAAGUCUAGUUUUCUAACAUGCCAGUAGAUGGCAGCACGAGGCUGCACGCAUGGUCACAGGGAGCACCGACCUUCAUAAGUCAGUGUGCCAAAAGACAUCGUCUUGUGUACACCAGGAGCUGUUCUGACCACGUGCGCUCUCCUUGCACGCGAGUUUCUCGCCAGAAACAUGAUCCCACUUCCGCACCCACCCUCCCUGGCAUGAUUUAGCUCCUUCAGACUUCGGAUGAAGAUCUUCGAGAAGAAGACUUUGAUCAAUGUGAGGUGAUACCACCUCAUAUAUUCGCUCUGUAAUAUACUAUAGAUGAAACGGAUGUAAAUUGAAUCGAACUACACGUAGAAACAUCUCGGUGUCUUUAUGAAGCAUUUCAGGGUGAUCAUGAGCGGCCAUCUUGGAUAAAUUAGGAACGUAUAAAAUUGUACUCAAAUGAAACCGAACAGAUAAUCAGUGGGAUUUAAAAGCAAAUGUGUGAAGUCUUGAGGUUUUUUUCUUUAUUUUUUUUUUUAAAUAUAUAAAUACACUAUAUGGACAAAUGUUUGUGGACAAAUGACUAUAAGAUUGGUACUUUUUUUUUUUUCUUUUCUUUUUUCUUCCCCAAUCGCAUGGAGCGUCUUCAUCUGCUGUUAUAAGAGACUCCACUCUUCUGGGAAGAUGUUUCAUAGAUUUUGAUGGAGAUUUGUGCUCAUUCAUAAAGUCAGGUACCAUACUGAUGUCUGUAUCCUAAAGGUGUUCAAUAGGGUUUAAACUCGGAUCUAUCAUUUCUAACCCAUUGGAAAGCAGAUCAGCAUGGAGGUGGUUUUGUGCACAGUUGCAUCGUCAUGGUGGAGCAGGUUUGGGUCUCCUACUUCUCCUAAGAGAAUUUCAAGCUACCAUCCAAAAAACACAAUUGUGUGCCUCCAACAUGGUGGUAACAGUUUGGGGGAAGAACCACAUAUUGCUGGAAAAGUCGUUUGUCCCAAAACCUUUGGUCAUACAGUGUAUUUCCAUUAGUAAUUAAUUCAAAGGCAAAACUAAAGCAGGAAGUGAGUUUUUUUUAUUUUUUUAUUUAUUUUUUUUUUAUUUUUUUACCUCCAAUGCACUGAAAUGUAAAUAGUGGGAAAUGUAAUCCACUGUUUAGACUUUAACAAAUGUACUACUUUUAAUUAUUUAGUUUUUCACACACACACACGUCCAUUUUGUGUUCAGUAAGCUUUUUUUAUUAACGUUUGGGGAGGAUCCCUAAACCCCCCCCCCACAUUUGAACUGCCAUGUUUACCGUUAUAUAGCAGUGCCUUGGAGCCGGGUUGUGGAUGUUUUUGUGGGUUGUGUAUGCAUGUGUGUGUGUCAGCAAAGAAUGCUGUAAGAGUGUAUUUUUUAUUUUAUUUUUUUUAGUAAUAUGCCCCACCGAACUCCACCCCCUAAUUACAUAACUAGUUCAGGGAGGAAGUAGAACUAAAUAAAGCCGGUGCAAUCAGAGACGUAUCUCGUGUCAAGAAAGUGCACUUAAACUGACGUUAAGUUCAGGCCCCGAAAAAAAAAAAAGCCAUCGCAUCUGGGAAGCUCCUCACCCCAAAAAUGAAAGCAGGUCAUAAUAUUUUUACGUGUAGAGAGGCCCGGGUCGGGACCCUCCGCCUGGGAUGGACACAUCGAACAGGAUGAACUGAGAUUCCGAUCAAACAAGACAAAAGCUGGAUAUUUUUUAUAGAUUUCUUUUCUAUAUCGUUGCACACUGAACAUAAAAACCUGAAAAUAUCCUGUCCUUUCAUACAGGAAACAACUUUUCUUUUCUCCUUCCCUUCUUUUUCUGUAGUUCAUGCUGAAUUAGGUUUAAUUGUGAACUCAAUAUAAUCCGUUCCACUAGUUCAAUUGUGCUUUAGUGAGUGAAGGCAGUGUGAUAAGUGAAUAAUCAACACACAAAGACCUGGUGAAUAUUUUGAAUAUUCAUUCGUCCUGAACUCUGAAAUUCUAUAAUCAAUUGUUAAAUUUGAAAUCAAUUACAAUACAAAGAGAUGUUUUAUUUUCAUUCUGUAUCCAUAUUGUGCUCUCUAUCUGUCUGUCUGUCUGUCUGUCUGUCUGUCUGUCUGCACACCCACAUAUACAUUGAUGGAUUGAUAGGUAGAUAGAUAGAUAGAUAUAGAUCUGUCUCUCUCACUUGCUAUAUAUAUAUAUAUGUCUCUCUCUCUCUCUCUCUCUCUCUCUCUCGUUUGUAAGCUUUAAGUUUCCGACCCUUGGCUGUAAAGGUUUGGGUUGCCAUGGUGAGGAUUCGCUUCCAUGCGUCGUGAUGUAGCGAAUCCCCCCGUCUUCACACACACACACCAUUUCCAGAAUCUCGUGUUUCUCGAUCGCUUUCGUCCGGAGCAUUUCGUACCAAAUGUUUAGCAGAUGCAUCAAUAUUUUCCCCACUGUCUAAAAAGAUUUAUUUUUUAAAUAAUUUAUAAAUCUAUAUCUAAAUAUAUCUAUAGAUCCGAAUAGUUUUAACGAGAGGAUGUUCUAUAAACGGUUUAAGAUACCGAGAGUUUAUUAUGAAAGUGUACUCUGGGAAAUGUAAUCGAUCACCCGAGGGUUAUUUUGCUCCACGCGAGCUAGGGGGCGUACACUUCGCAACUGUAGCGAACGAUCGCAUUUUUCUCCGUAACGCCUCGGGGGCGGCCAUAAUGACGUUUUGAAGCACAAUGUAUAUUUUCUGUUUUCGCCGUGCUGUGAUUCAGUUAGGAGACUGCACUGAUGCUCGCUCGCUCGCUCUCUCUCUCGUUCACUCACUCUGUGUGCUUUAUAAAAGCGCGAGCGUGGGUGCGUGUAUGUGUGAAUAGGCGAGCUAUUUUUGAACCAAGUAUGUACUGUUCAUGAUUCUCCAGAAGAGAAAAUGAGGAGGAGGAUUAGAGUUAGGAGGAGAAAAAAAAACACCUCUUUUUUUUGGAGAUUGUAUGGACCAUAUAAUUGUACGUAAGAUCUUUCACUGUUCCUUCAGAGAUUUUCGCUUUUUUCAUUUAGCAUCACGCAGACACAACACAGCACGAUAACGACUUAGAUACCACCAACGUAUGUCAGAUAAAUAGUAAAGGAUACGAUCCAGAUUAAGAUGGCGCAGGUAUUCCGGCGCUCAGACGGCGCAGUGCGAUUUACGUUUCGUUACGCCAUAUUUAGGUCACGAUGAUGUCAUAACGUGUACCAGGUCACGUGCGGAUUCCAUAUGUGUUUACAGCAUACUUUUUUACGACGACGGUGACGAGGUUGUGGUAUGACGGGCUACUCUGCGGCGCCCCCUUUCUGCAUACGUGCAUAAAUGUCGUUUUUUUAAAAAUCACGCUGUUUAAUUCUCAGGCGUAUUUAGUGGCUUUGACCCCAGUGGUCUUCUGGAGGGAAUUUAAUACAAAUCCAGUCUCAAGACUUUGGACUCAUCCACAGGCAGCAUGUAACUCACACCUGAAGAUUUCAGGUCAUUUUCCAGAAACAUCUGGGGAAUUUUGGAAAUAUUCAAAGUUGCCAAUUACCAGGAAUUUAAGGGAAUUUAUUAAGAAAUAUUGGGAAAUGUAUCAUAUACAAACAUAAAUCUCAACAUUUUGUUUGUUCAGAAGUUCACAUGCAGCCACGCAAUAGAUUUUUGAAAAAAUGACAUGUUUGACUUUGAUUUAAUUGUUAGUAUCAUUUUUGGCACAUUGAAAUAUAAAUGUAUGUAAUAUUUGUUAUUUACGUGAACACUCGCCAAGAUGGACGUUUUUUGACGUGCAGGAUUCAAGAAAUGGUGUGCAUGUGAUUGAAUGUGCAAGUAGAAAUUUAACUAAAAUCACAUUAAAUCUGGUUGUUUUAACCAAAGUUA